UGAACGUCAAAGACAUAACAAAACUCGAAAAUAUUCACUCAAAAUAGCGAUCAAACAAACGCUGUUUUUGGUACUUAUAAACAGCUGUCACUGAAUUGGUUCCCACUUCUUGUAGAGUUUGUCUUUUUAUGUCUCCAUCAAAAUAAACAUCUGUUAAUCAAUUAUUUUUAUUCACUUUAAUCCCAAAGUAUACUACAAAUUAUAGAGUUGUGGAAACAAUAGUCAUAUUUAGUGUAUUGAAUGAAUGACUUACACUGUAUAUGAGAUUCGUGUUGAUAACAGAAAUUUACAUUAAUAUUCCUUGAAUUGAAAAUAAUUAACUCAACCAAACAUUUGACUUAAAUUCACAUUCAUUCAAAAUGUGCGGCGGAUUCACAUGUACUAAGAAUGCGUUGACAGCACUUAAUAUACUAUAUAUCUUGGUGUCAUUUAUAUUGGUUGGUGUGGCCGCGUAUGGAAUGGCUGCCAGCAAAGUGACCAGUAUUGCCAUAAUCGGGGGCAUUAUUGCCUGUGGAGUAUUCCUAUUCCUAUUAUCAUUGGUAGGACUGGUCGGCGCCCGAAAACACCAUCAAGUUCUCCUAUUUUUCGUUAGUAUUUUCCAUAUUACUAAUGAAUAUUACAAUAUAAUUAUGAGAUUAACUAAUACCACGCUUGAAUUGUUACAGUAUAUGGUUAUAUUGUUUAUCCUGUUUGUGGUACAAUUCAGUAUCGCCUGCGCCUGUCUGGCGUUCGGUAGUGAACAACAGUCACAAUUGGCUCAUAAGGGCUGGAAUACGGCCUCCAAAAAGACACAGCAAAGCGCCCAAACAUUUUACAAUUGUUGCGGUUAUGAGAAGGAAGAAGCGAGAACUCUUAAUAUUACCGAUUGUCCAAAUGUGAAGUGUUGCACUGAUGUAAACGACUGUUCAACUGACUGUGAAAUGUGUGCCCCGAAGAUCAAGAAAGCGAUCGCUAACGCACUGGAGAUCUCAGGAUUCGUUGGUUUGUUCUUCAGUUUCACAGAGUUUAUCGGUGUUUGGCUAACAGUGCGCUAUAGAAACCAGAAAAAUCCUCGCGCAGAUCCCAGCGCUUUCCUUUAAUAUACUAAUUGUUUGUCUUAUGAAACAACUCCUACUUCUAGUCGACUCUAUUCCGGUUCUCUUCAGUCAAAUAAUCUGAUUCUUGUCUCUGAAAUGACUUAAUCCUGAAAUCAAUUUUCAAACAAAACUAAUAAUUUUCUCUCACUUUUUUCUAAUAUGAUUGUCAUUAACACUAUUAUGUGAUGUUUUGCUCGACAUUCCGUAUUAUAUUUAUUAAUUUAAUUUAUUGUUUUAAUAAUAAUAUUUGUAUUUUUCCCAAACAUUAUUGCAGUUGAUAUCUGUUUGGUUUGCAUUUAAAUUUCGUGGACUUCGAAACCCAGAAUUAAAUCCUUACCGUUAUUUCCAAAC